AUGGAGGAGCUAGCCCGGGAGAGCAUCCGCAGCAUCAGUCUCCUAUCCAAACCUGCGCGGGGUUCGGAAGUCCCACGCCUCGGCUCAUUUGGAGCUAUUUUCAUCAUGCUUAAAUCCGCCCUCGGCGCGGGUCUGCUUAACUUUCCCUGGGCUUUUGAGAAGGCUGGCGGCGUGAAUACCGCCAUCAGUGUGGAGAUGGUUUCUCUGGUAUUUCUGAUCAGCGGGUUGGUCAUUCUCGGCUAUGCCUCAUCAAUCAGUCGGCAGAACACGUAUCAUGAUGUGGUGCGAGAAGUGUGUGGACAGAGGAUCGGCCAUCUGUGUGAGAUCUGCUUUGUUUUCAACCUCUUCAUGAUCUCUGUCGCCUUUUUGGUGGUUGUGCAGGAUCAACUGGAUAAACUGUGUCUGUCUCUGUAUGAGACUGUGACAGGCACUACAGGAGACAUGCCAUAUCAUUGGUACACAGAUCACCGUUUUGCACUCUUUGUCAUGUGCCUUGUUAUCAUCCUCCCACUCUCAGUACCCAAAGAGAUCGGCAUCCAGAAAUACACAAGUGUGCUGGGAACUCUGGCUGCUACAUACCUGAGCGUGGCUGUAAUUGUGAAGUAUUACCUGAAAGAUGAGCAUACAGCAGAUAUUACACCAGAGCACAGUGAAGGGUUGGACUCAUUGGCCUCCAUGUUCAGUGUGGUUCCUACUAUCUGUUUUGGUUUCCAGUGUCACGAAGCAUGUAUUGCAAUAUACAGCAGCAUGGAGAACAAAAAGAUUACACAUUGGGUCUUCAUCUCGGUUACUUCUAUGGUUUUCUGCCUGCUUAUUUAUACUCUUACAGGUGUGUUUGGCUUUCUUACAUUUGGACGGGCAGUAGCCUCAGAUAUUCUGAUGUCAUAUCCUGGAAAUGAUGUUGUGAUGAUUAUUGCUAGGCUGCUGUUUGGGAUUUCGAUUAUCACCAUCUAUCCUAUAAUAUUGCUGUUGGGCAGGUCUGUGAUUCUAACACAAAUAUUGCGCUUCUGGGAAAAACGGGCCUUAAUUACAUCUGUGAUUGAGAGUCGGUGCCGUUUGAUUCUAACAAUUCUCUGGAUCACUGUGACUCUCCUCAUCGCCAUCUAUGUACCAGACAUGAGUGAAGUCAUCAGCGUAAUUGGAGGAAUUAGUGCCUUCUUUAUCUUCAUCUUUCCUGGGCUGUGCCUCAUUUUCGCCAUGCAGACAGAACCUAUUAGUCACAGGAAGAGAACCCUCUUUACAGGCUGGGGUGUGGUUACUGUCAUUACUGGAGCUUUUAUCUUUGGCCAGAGCACCACUAUAGCUGCUAUGGAGUUGUUUCACAAAUUCUAA